AUUUUUGUUAAUAUUCUCCAAAAUGGAAGCUACUUCAAUUCAAGACAAGAAGAAACAAGUGCAAGCAGUUGUAAAGACUUUCCCUGAUUUCCCAAAGAAGGGAGUGGACUUCGUUGACUAUUUCUCUAUUCUCUAUCAUCCUAAAGAGACUCAGCUUCUCAAUGAAAUCGUGAUUGAGGCUGUGGAUAAGCACUUUGCAGAUGCUGGGGAAUCACCCUUUAACAUGGUCAUCGGACUAGAGACUAGAGGAUUCUUUUUGGGCAUGGUUCUUUCUCAGCAUUACAAUAUUCCUUUCGUACCAAUUAGAAAGAAGGGAAAACUCCCAGGAGAGACUGAAUGUGCUAAUUAUGCAACUGAGUAUGAAGAGAAGAACGCAGCAGAAAUCCAAAAAGACUCUAUCAAUGAGGACUCUAAAGCCCUCAUCAUUGACGACCUUCUUGCAACAGGAGGAACUCUACGUAUGGCAUACGAUCUUGUUGAAAAAUGUGGAGCUCAGGUAGCAGCAAGCUUAGUAGUAUUUGAGAUCUGCGUUUUAGAAGGAAGAAAGAAGCUCAAGGAUCCUUCAUCAUGUAUUGCAAUCUAUGAGUAUUAG